CGCUAUCGACCAUUUCGCUGAAUCGCUUGACAAGAAGCGUGGGUGUUGGUAGGCGCUCCUACAAAUUCUCUCAUACCGACUAUCUCAACCUCUACAGAUUUUUCCUCUCAGUUGAUUUCUCCCACGCUGUCCAAACGCACUUCUCCUAGAGUUGUAGAAAUGGCCGAAUCCCACAAUCCUCCCCUCAACUAUGAAGCCAGUGCCACAUCGACACAUCGCACCACCUCAACCACCCUUCCCUCUGAAGUCUCCCAGUGUCUGAAAAAUGCUCGCUUUCUACAUCUCGCCACUAUAUCCUCCGCCAGCAAUCCAGAACAAGUAACCCCCCAUGUCUCGCUGAUGAACUACACCUUCCUCCCAACGGGGACAAACACCACUCCCGGACCGUUGAUCAUCAUGACCACAAAUUCACAAAGUAUCAAAACCCAGAACCUCCUCGCAAAUCCCCGCGUCUCACUUCUUGUACACGACUGGGUCUCUCAUCGUCCUCCCACUACCUCCUCAAUAUCCGGCCAGCGAUCUGGUUCCCCACCAGCAGCUGCCACCAGAAGCAGCCUGGCUUCUCUCUUGCUAAAUCUCAACACGUCGGCUCUGAGCUCGAUCUCCACCACGAUAGCCGGAACAGCACGCUUUCUCGAAGCUGGCACUGAGGAAGAGAAGUGGUGCAAAGAGACUCACCUGGCAAACAAUACCUUCGGAGACCAGGUCAGAGAAGAAGCUGGCUUAUUUGGCGUGGGACCCCAAAAUACCGAUGGCGGCAAUAGUAGCUCAUACAUUGCAGGAGAGGAUGUCAGGGUGGUUGUGGUGCCGGUACGAGAAGGUCGAACUGCAGAUUGGAAAGGAGGAGUCAAGGACUGGGUGGUUUUGGAUGAGCGCGGCGAUAGUAUCGACGACCAGGACAAUUCAAGAGGGAGAAGACCCGACGACCAGCAGCAACCACUUGUCAAUGGAAUCGUCAACUAGCUUAGGCACUUGUACCAAUAUCUACUUAUUUGAGGAGAUAUCUCGCCUGCGUAAGGUUUGCGGUGGUUUGCACAGAACACGUCGGUAGGAUCCCAGAUCUAAAGUGCGCGGAGCUUGCCUCAGUGUUUCCCACGUUACCCCAGGGCUCCCCAACUUUGUAAUUAAACAAGAGAAGCUAAAC